AUGAGUAACAUCAUAGGUAAAGUAUAUCAAUCAUUGCAAUCGUAUGAUCCUCAUUCUAUUAAUAUAUACAUCAAUGAUCAUGAGUAUAAUACAAAUCUUUAUAUUGGAAUGGCAAUUUGCAAUACAAUUCAUAAUGAAAUUUAUUUAAAUCGAUCAACGAAAGAAUUUAGAUUCUAUGCAAACAUAACAGAAAAUAAUAUAUAUGAUGUACUUGAAAAGAUAUUUAAAUUACAAAUUCCAGAGAAUGUCGAAGAUAAUAUUGCUUGUGACCUUUUGAAUCUUGGAAAAGUAAUGGAAAGUGAAUCAUUGAUGUCUUUCUUUAUGAAAAAAUUUCAAAACGGUGAAUACAAUUCAGAAAACAUACUUAUAAACGUUAAAUAUUCCAAACAAAUUGGAUACAGCGAAAAAAUAUUUGAUUUCAUAUGUGAAAACAUCGAUUCAAUCAAUCAUGAUGAACUAAUAAGUUCUAUUGUAGAGGCCGGAUUAGAUUUUGCAGAACAGUUAUUGAUGCAUUUCAAAAAAAGAAAUAAAAAUUCAAAUGAUAUCAUAUUCUCCCUGAUAAAUAUAAAUUCAGUAUUCAUUGAUACCAUUUCAUAUCUCAAUGAUGAAUAUAUUGAAAUUAGAGAUGCUAAUGAUUUACUCAAAAGCUCAUCUGAACAAUCAUCAAUCAUAUCAUUUUUCAAAACUUUAAUAGAUAAUAGAAAAGAAAAAGAAAAUAAAAUUCAGGCCCUUGAUAAUGAAUUAACAGAACUGCGGCAAGCAAAUAAAAAUCUUAGCCUAGAUAACUCAAAUAUGAAAAAUGAAUUAACAGCAUUACAUAGAGAAAUUGAAGAACUUAGAAAAGAAGAAUCAAUUAAAGGUGAUGAAUUAUUAAAAUCAAUAGAUGAGAUAAGAAAGCUUAGACUAAAUAACUCAAUUAAAGAUAAUGAUUAUAUAACAUGGCUAAAUCAAAAGAAGAAAUAA